CCCACCCCCCCAGCACCAGGUGUGGCCACUAGCCUAUAUGAAGGCCCAAAAUUGUGUGUUCCUUUCUGCUCUGACAAUGGCAUGCCCAUUCGUGCGAGAUGUGGUGGAUGAAGAAGCACUUGUGCUGAGGAGAGCCUUCAGGCGAGAAAGGGUCUUCAGGGACCGGUUGGACCCACUGGCCUUCCCUGAUGACCAUCUAUAUGAAAGAUACAGGUUUUCUGCAGAUGGCAUCAGGUAUCUAUGCAGACUACUGGGUCCCAGGAUUAAGCACCGCACUGCACGGAGCCAUGCACUGAGUGUGGAGCAAAUGGUUUGUGUGGCCUUGCGCUUUUUUGCUAGUGGAGCCUUCCUGUACUCAGUGGGGGAUGCAGAACAGCUGAACAAGGCCACAAUUUGCCGCACAAUAAGGAGUGUGUGUCUGGCUAUCAAAGCAUUAGCAGAUGUCUUCAUCUCCUUCCCUGGCCACAGAAGACUCUGUGACAUCAAAGAGGAGUUCUAUAGGAUUGCAGAUGGUCUGCAAUGCUGACUGUGUGAUCAGCAAUGUUGUGGCAAAAUGGCCUGGCUCAGUCCAUGACUCCAGAAUCUUUCGGGCCUCUGAAAUCUAUCAGUGCCUAUCACAAGGUGAAUUCUCUGGUGUGUUGCUGGGAGACAGGGGGUAUGGCUGCCAGCCUUUUCUCCUGACACCUUUCACAGACCCCCAGGAAGCACAGCAGGCCUACAACCAUGCCCAUGCCAGGACCAGGGCCAGAGUUGAAAUGACCUUUGGCCUCCUGAAGGCACGCUUUCACUGCCUUCACAAAUUAAGGGUCAGCCCUGUUAGGGCAUGUGAUAUUACUGUGGCUUGUGCUGUCCUCCACAAUGUGGCCUGCCUGAGGAAGGAGAGGGCCCCCAGAGUGCCACCAGCCAUGGACUGGGACAAUCCGGCACUCUUCCCUGAUGACGACAGUGGUCGGCUGCUGAGGGACCAAUAUGUGUUGAAUUAUUUUAGUUAGUAUGUGUGCUUUCAAUUUUGGUUAAAUAUGUCCUGCGGUGGCAGAGGAAUUUGGGUUUUUUUGGGUUCGUUUUUUUACGAAUUUGGCCUCUUAUGAUGUUUGUGCGGUAUACUGUGUGUAAUACAAGGCUGCAGGGAGGCUACUGCAUCCAUUCAUUUGUCUGUUCAGUUGAUGUGUAUGGAUUUGUCCUGCAUUUAUUUUAGUGUGCAGACAUGCAGGGUGUGUUGUAUACAGACCUUUGAAUGUGUAUGUAUCAUUUUGUAUAAUAUGCUUGGAUUCUGUGCUUUCCAUCUUGUAGAGUCACUGUGACUUCAGUUUCGAAAGGAGCUGAUGGUUUACCUGCUUUGUUUUGUCCUUAUUCAAUAAAGGAACAUAAUGUUACACAUUGUGUUUUUAUAUUCA